GAAAAUUGUUAAAAGAUGUUUUUUUUCGUAAUUAUCUAUUUUGUUAAAUAAAACGAUAUUAUUAAUUAUAGAUAAUUUGCUAAUGAAGAAUAAAGAAUAGGAAUUUAUAUCUGGAUGGUUAAAAUAUUAAAUUGUUUGAUAAACUUCAACACAGGUAUAUAGUUGAUUUGAAAAUUGAUGUUAGAGCAAUGUAUUUCAUCAAUAAUGAAGAUAUUCCUGAAAAAAAAUCAAAACCUUUACCAAAACCAGUAAUUGUGUCAAAAUCAGAAAUCCAGUCAAAAUUUAAGAUUCAGCCAAAAUUUAACAUUGCAUUACAACCAGAGUUAUCUGCUUCUAUUAAUAAUCAUACAAUACAUCAAUCGAAAUCAAUACCCAAUGAGAAUAAGACUGUAAAACGAGUGUAUGGUCGAGCAAGGGCAAAUUUGAGCUUCAGCUCAUUUUAUAUAUUCUGUGAAGAUUUUCGUAAACAGCUUAAUUACUUAUACCCCAAUAAAAGCGAAACUUAUUACAAAUCUAUACUCAACUAUAUGUGGAAACAUUUAAAUAUCAGAGACAAACAUAAAUAUUAUGAAACUGCAACUAAAGCUCGCACGAUGUACAAUUUACCAGAACUUCCAUAUCAUGCAGAAAAUGAUCAAGAAAAAUUAACAUGUACAUUUACAAAUAAUAGAAAUACCACACAACCUAAUACCUCCAGUGGUUCAAAAGUAGUUGGGAAACUAGUUAAAGUCCAGUUUUCAAAAUCAUGUACUACACCAAUCAUAACGCCUCUGAAGUUACGAGACGUCGUUGAUCAGUUAGAAGAAUCGGCCCGCGGUCGGCGCCAAGACGAAGUUGACGGUUUCGGUGAAGGAAAGCUGCGACAAGAUCACUGUGAGAUAUCGGAAUAUCAAGAUCACACUGCGGAACACGUGCCCACGCAGCCUCUUGGUCACCGUGACGAUCAAGGUGCAGGCAUCGACGAACCGCGGCGGAGGUUGAUCGUCGCCGGUCCGGCACCCGUCUAUCCGGCGAUCCGCGUUUCGUCGAGUCGCACCACAUCCACCAUCACCACCAGUCGCCUGCAGCAGUGUCCUCGGGCACGACCACCAGCGCCGAAGGUCGACGAGGGAUCGACGACGUCGUCUUCUGUCCGACCGGAGGACGAAGUCAUGUUGCAACAGUACCAGCAACAGCCGGACUACACGCCGUACGGCGGCAUCGGGUACGGCGCGCAGCCCAACUCCGGUUACUUCAACUAUGCCGCCACCGAGUCUUCUUGGUACGGUUCGCCGUCAUCGGGGGCCGCCGAUCACGCGCAAAUGCAUGCCGGUUUAUCACAUAACGCGUGCAACACACAUAUCGGCGACAGUACAGGAAACUUCCUGAACCACGGUUAUCAUCAGGCUUCGUCGACAGGAGCGUCGACGUCUUCGGCGGAAUCGUUCGCCGCCAACAACCAUCCGGUGUCCCAGGCCGACAUGACAGACCCCAUGGCAGACUUCUUGGGCGGGCACCAAAACAUGUCCGAAAACGAUAAGAUCAUCAAGGAAGAGUCCAUAGACUGGCUGUCGACCAUCAUUAACGACGAAGUGGUCGACCACGGUAACCGGCCGGACGUUUGCGACGGGGGCGGCGGUGGUGGCGGCGGCGCGGCGGGCAAACUCGUCGUCGGCGACAUGCCGUGCGAGGGCAGGGAAUCCAACGGCCGGUUACCGAACUUUCAUCAGGCUUUCGGGUCCACCGAGAUCGGCAGGUUCUCGCAGCACGAGUACUACGAACCGCCGAAAGACGCGGCCGCCAUCGGCGAAUGUCAACCGGUCGGCCGGUCGGGCGCCGCGCAACAAACCGGCGCGCCGCAGCAGCGGCCCGACGAACAGCACGCGGUGGCCGCGGCCGUGGCGGCCUCGUCCUCGUCGUCGCCGUCGUCGGCGUCGUUCGAACCGCCUCGGCAACAGAACAGGCGUGGACGGGCGCAGCGCGGCGGCGCCCAGAACCGGCGCAACAACAAGCAGACCAGAACGGCAGCGGCCGCCGCAGCCGCCGCCGCCGCCGUGGCCGCCCAACAGUACGCGGGUUACGACGUGACCGGCGCCGCGGUGGGCAGGCACCAAGUACCGCCGUACCACCACCAGGACCCGUACAACCGGAACCAUCAUCAUCACGCCCAGCAGCAGCGGUACCACCAGGAAUACCAUCACCAAAACCAGCAGCAGACGCCGUACCAGAACCACCAACAGGAGUAUUACAGGCCGUACGACCGGAUGCACUACCAGCAACAACAGCCCCCGUCCCUGGCACCGAACCAGUACUACAACGGAAGUAACGGUAACAACAACAACAACAACAACGGCGGUGGUGGAGGCGGUAGCAACGGCAGUAACAACGGUAACCGCGGGGAACAGUCGUACGCCGCCGGCGGUUACAACAACCGGUUUCACUCGUGCUGUUCCACCGAGCACAUAGCCAGGCCCAGUCAUCACCACAACUACGGUGGUUCGGGUCAGUACUACGGUGAUUACAACACUUACAACCAGUGGUGAUGAUGUGGAUUAUUUAGUCCUCGUCACAUCACCACAGUCGCCGCCGCCGUGUCAUAAAAUAUCGUUUUUAACGUCGUUCUAAAAAAAAAAAAAAAAAAAAUAGUUAAAAAAUAAUAAUUAUAGAAGUUAUGUUCCGUUUGUGCGCCACCAACAACGGCGGGUGUGCUUUGCAAACAAACCCCCCCCCCAACACCCUUCAAACCCUUUUCCCAACAGAAUACAAAAAAAUAAUGUUUAUCAAAUUAAUAUUUUUAACUCACUAUAUAAAUAUAUAUCUGUGAUACGAUGACGAUGGUAAUACACGGUAUAACGGUUACUCGAUGUGUAUUAUUAUCAUCACCACGUUAUUGUGCAACAACAAAAUUUGUGGCUUAAAAUGCGAGUGCAGGAUUCCGUUUUUUAUUUCUCGGACACGCAACGAGAGUCAAUUAAAUAACGUCGAAAACGAAAUUCCCGAAUUGUUUAUUAUUCGUCUUCUCGUGUCGCGUUUUACAACAACACCGGGCGUGUUAAAACGAUAACCGUUUAACUUUAUAAUAUAACUAUUUAAAACAAUUAUUGAUAUUAUAUCGAACAAAAAAAAAAAAAACCACCGCCGCGCGACCGCGUGGUCGUCGCCACGUCUCUCACACGACACCGCAGACGGCCGAGCGUCAUCGUCGUGUUUGCACGGACGCCGAAGAAAUCGUCGGACUCGGGAUAUCUAAAUGAAUUAGAAAAAUUGCUGUUUUUCGCGACUGAUCAGCCACGUAAACUUGUAAUAGUACAUAAUAUUAUUAAAGUACAAUAAUAUUAUACGCGGAAAGGAGAAGAUAUCUUACAAACCACGACGACGGACGUCUUGUCUCGUUUCGAUGUUUUAUAAUCGUAUAAUUUACAUUAUAUAGUGUUUAAGUCGUUGUGCCUUAUUAAUUAACGGUUAAAAAAUGUUGUAAAAUGCACCAUUAUAUUAUUAUUAUUAUUAUAUUAUAUUAUGAAUAAUAAAUUAUAUAUUACUGUAUAAAAUUAUAUCGAUAGCAUAUUUUUUUUUCUUAAUAUAAUAUAUAUAUAUAAAUAUAUUAUCAUAUUAUAUAAAACAUAAAUGGCGAACUAAGCCGCGUUUAAAAAAGUCCGGCGCCCGUAGUUUUAUUUACAUUUUGUUUUUAUUUGUAUCAUUUAUUAUUAUUAUUAUUAUUAUAUUGUUUAGUUUUGUUUUCCGAUUCCGUUUGUAUAUUAUAAUAAUAUAUAUCGUAUCUGUGUUGCUGGUAAGAGGGAGCAAUGAUACAAGUUUUUAAAGCUGUAUGCUAUUUUAUUUCGUUUUAGACGUUAAGGCAGAGCCUCUGCUGCAGUGUUUUAAUCCUACUAAUAUUAGUUGUCCGAUUUGUUUGUACCAUUACUAUAUUAUUAUUAUUAUUAUUAUUAUUAUUACUAUUGAUAUUAUUAUAUUUUGUACGUGCGUAGUCUUCCUGAAUACAUUAUAUUAUAUUAUACAAAUACUAUUAUUAGGUCUGGUCAUAUAAUAUUAUUAUUAUGUUGAUGGAUGAGAUAUAAUACUGCGUUAGAGCUUCCUCCGUUAACAACCUCAUCGCGACAGUAUCGCAUACGGGAUAUUGCGGAACCGCGAUUAGUUAUAUUAUAUUAAUCAUUAUUAUUAUUAUUAUUAUCAUCAUGUAUUUUUUUUUUUUACGGUCAUACUGUUUUUAUUUUAUUUUUCACUUUUUAAAACGGAUUUUGGCUCAAUUGUGUACCAACCGGACCAAUAGUAUAAUUAAUUUAUAUACCUACUACCUAUAAUUAUGUAAUAUUCAAAAACCGAGUUUUCUGUCACUGUGUUCGAUUAAUAUCAUAAUAUAUAUUACACUAUACAUUAAAAUAUCAUGUCAAACAAUGAUAUAUUAUUAUAAUAUCGUAUUGCGUGUUUGAUCUUUACACGGAAAUAUUUUUUUAAAAAAAAUAACGAUAUAGUCAUUAUAAUAUAUUCCUCUAUAUAUAUAGCUUUGCAAAAUCGUGAGAAAAUAAAAUAAUAAUCAACCUACGGUGGCUAAUAAUUAUACACUAUUUAAAAAGAAAAUACAAUCGAUAUACUACACACAAUACUGCUAUAUACAUCAUAGAAACGUAAAUUUAAAGAAGUUUGAGUAGAGAACACUCCCCGCAAAGUACAUAUUAACAUUGCUGCGUUAUAUACCAUCACGGUAUACCUAAUAAUAACAUAAUAUAAUAUUAUGCGCAUACACACGUUUUGCGCAAUAAUACUAUUUAUAUCAUAUUAUUGGACGGCGGAAAUUCGAACAACGAAAAUCUGCAGUGGAAAAUCGUGUAUAUUCUUUUUCGUUUUGUCUCCGCCGACAGCUUUAUUGUCAUCCACACACACUCAUACACACACGUAGAACGUAAAUUCGUAAUGUUUUCGUAUAUUAUUUCUAACACUCGCCACACACACACACACACACACACUUACAUUCAAGACUUUUACCAUUAUGUUACAGAUAUCAUAUCAGAAAAUACAAAAUGUGACCAUGUCAUGAUAUUAUAUCGAUGUUUGCCUUCAUUACGGUUUUAUCUUCUCGCGCGAUGUGAUGUUUUAAUUAUUUUUCCACUCUCCCGAACGACUUUAUAUUCUCGUCAUCCGACCCCGACGAUCACGUAAUAUUAUUAUUCAACCCUCUGUUCGAGGUAUAUCUCGGUGUUGUAGUUUCCGGCGAUGAUCGCCGUGCGUCGACGUCAGAAGCGCGUGUAUAGUACAGGGUUACCGAACGUCCGAAAACGAUCAAUGUGUAAACGAACUAUAUAUUAUUUUUAAUUAUUAUUAUAGUAUAAUAAUAUGCCGUAUAUAAUGUGUAUACUGUAACCAGUAACCGGAUAUCGAUAACUGGAUAAUCGCGGUCGCCCGAAAAACCAAUAAAAAUCAUAUAACUUUUUAUUAUAUUUUAAUAUUGACUAUUUUUUUUUUAUUUUUUUUUUUUUAUUGUUAUAAUUUUAUGUAUACACACUGCGGUUUGGGUCCUCCUCUCACAGUGUUGUGCAUACAAUCCUCUUUUACAUUAUUAUUUUCUAUUAUUAAAAGUGUUGUUAACAUUACUAUUAUUAUUAUUAUUAUUAUUAUUAUUAUUAUUACUAUUAUGUUUUGUUAAUUGUAAUGUUAAUUGUAUCCCCCCUCCCCGCGAUAUAGGUACAUAUUAUUUUAUUAUUAUAUAAUUCGAUUUCGAAUAUUAUAUUGUUUGUUAAAAUGACUCGUUUAUUUUUAUGUUAUUUCAGAACUCUGCAAUAGUUAAAGAAAAAAAAAAUUAAGUUGUCUUUUAAAAGUACGCGGAAUAUGUAUCGGAACAAAAUAUCGAUUAUAUUAUUAUGUACUUUUGGUUAUUUUUUAUGGAAUUAAAAACACAAAAAAUUUGGGAUGGUAUUUGCAUAAUGUUAAAUUAUAUGAUUUAGGCUGCAUAUUAUAUAGUUAUUGGAUUAAUUUAUUAUAACCCUAUUAUUAUAUUAUUGACUUUUGUAAAAGACAAAUGAAAUAAACAUAUUAUGUUACUGUAAACUGUUA